AUGUCGUAUCAGAACGGCAAUCGGCCGCCAAUCGACGACGACGAUGUUGAGGAAGAGGCUCUUGUCGCAGACUAUCAGGAGCAGGUAAAUUACGAAGACGAGAAUUACGACGGAGAUGGAAGAGGAGAAACGAUAGGUGGACCAGCUGAUCUCAAAGCACAACUUGAACAAGCAGCUGCCCCUCUGGAAUAUGCCGCUUCGCUUGAGGUCAAAUUUCAGAGUUACGACAGUUAUUGCAGUCUCUUCCACUACAUACUGAACUCAGAUGGACCGGUGGAUAUAGAACAGCCAUCCUACUACUGGGCCUGGGACGUGAUCGACGAGUUCAUCUACCAAUUCGAAUCCUUCUGCAGAUACAGGAAUAGAGUCGCAAGGACUGCACCGAAUGAAGAGGAGGCACAAGUUCUGAGAGAAAAUCCGCAGACAUGGGGCUGCUAUUCUGUCCUGAACGUCCUAUACUCUCUCAUUCAGAGAUCACAAAUCAACGAGCAACUGGCUGCCCAGAAGCGAGGCGAUGACCAAAACGCAGUGGCAGGAGAGUACGGCUCAAGACCACUUUACAAGAUGCUUGGCUAUUUCUCCAUUAUUGGCCUGCUCAGAGUUCACUGCCUGCUGGGCGACUUCAGUCUGGCACUGAAGACACUGGACGAUAUUGAGAUGAACAAGAAAGCCAUGUUCGCCCGCGUCAUGGCCGCACACCUCAACACAUACUACUAUGUUGGAUUUUCCUACAUGAUGCUUCGACGAUACGCCGAUGCUGUUCGCAUGUUCUCUCACAUCCUCAUAUACGUCUCCAGGACGAAGAACUUCCAGAAGGGCAACACUCAAUUUGAUGCCAUCGCGAAGAAGACCGAGCAGAUGUACGCUUUAAUCGCUAUCUGCAAUUCCUUCGCUCCAACUCGACUUGACGACACGAUCCACACUGCGCUACGAGAGAAGUAUGGUGAGAAAUUGUCCCGCAUGCAAAGAGGUGGUCCAGAUGCACUACCAAUCUACAAAGAACUCUUCCAGUCUGCCUGCCCCAAGUUCAUCUCGCCCGUACCACCAGAUUUCGACAACCCGAGCUUGAACAUCGACCCAGUCGAGCAUCAUACUGAGAUUUUCAUGGACGAAGUCAAGACCACUUUGUUCAACCCUACCGUCAAGUCCUAUCUGAAGCUAUACUCAACCAUGGACCUUAGCAAACUGGCUGGCUUCCUCGAAGUCGAGCCAGAAAAGUUACGAUCCUGGCUGCUAGUAAAUAAGCAGCGAUCUCGACAGAUUCGAUGGACAGAUGGCGGUCUUUUGGAAGGCGAGGUAUUCAGCAAUACCGAUGGUCUCGACUAUGCUAUCGAAGGAGAUUUGAUUCAUAUUAGCGAGGCUAAGCAGGGACGAAGAUUAGUUGACUGGUACUUGAGAAAUUUGGCACGAGCAUAUUAG